AUGUUACUAUUUAUUUCAUUUGUUUGGAUUUUGAUUAAUCAUGCUCAUAAAAUCAUGUCGAUGAAUUGUGAAUACACAUCACGCGAGUAUCAAGUUGUUCUUCGACCAGAUUUGUUGGCAAAUUCUUUUGAAACUGGUGUUAUGAAAGUUAUUGAUGAAUUAGUUAAAAUUGAAGAUGCAAAAAUUAUGCCAUUCAAAGUAUCACGAUCAUCUUUGAAAUUCAAGAAUAUAUCUUUUACUCGAUAUGUUUCGGAUAAUAGUCGAAAUACAACUGAUUUUUAUAUAAGACCAGUAUUUAAAACACGACAAAAGAGAAUAACAGAGCCAGCUGAUAUUGUGAUGAAAAUUUCAGAUAUUGAUCCAGCUCUUGCAUGUGUACAGCUAACGGUUGCAGAAGAUUAUAUUAACAACACAGUUGCUAAAUUCGAGCUCGAUAUACACACGGACAACGGUGAGCUUACCGUUAAAAGUGCACAUAGUUAUACUACAACUCUAUCAUUUGACUUCGAUCAAAUGUCUCCAAUCAAUUUGUCCUCAAUUCUUAUUGAUGCUGGUAAAGUUACUCGUUCAGGUCAACCAAUUAUUAUUGUACCUGAUUCAUUGGGCAAAGUCACUAUGCAAACAGCUGAGUUUAGUAUUAAUUUAGCAGGAAAAAAAUCAGAUGCAGAAAUUAUGUACUAUCCAAAAAUAGACGACGUCAAAACUGAAUUUUCUUUUAAAGUCAAAGGUACACAAGUAGAUCCAAAAGUUAUUCGUGUUGCGCAACAAUUAGCUGCUUACUUGUCACAACUACGAACGAUAGCUUUAUAUGCAUUAAUACAUCCAACGAAUUAA